AUGGAUGCCAUCAAGCAGCGCAUGAACGCCCUCCGCCUCGAGGCCGACGAGUCCGCCGCCAAGAACGAGGAGCUUAAGGCAAAGGUCAAGUCGCUUGAGCAGGAGAACCUCGCCAAGGAGCAAGAGAUCACCUCGUUGAAGCACAAGAACCAACUCCUCGAGAGCGAGCUGGAGAAGAUUGAGUCUGGUCUCAAGGACGCAAAGGCCGCCGCCGACGAGAGCGCUCAGCACGGUACCCAGAACGAGAGCUUGCAGAGAAGACUGCAGCUCCUCGAGGAGGAGGCUGAGGAGGCCGACAGAAACUUGAGAGAGACCAACGACAAGCUCCGCCAGACCGACGUCAAGGCCGGCCACUACGAGCGCAAGGUGCAAGCCCUGGAGGCCGCCCGCGACCAAUGGGAGGCCAAGUACGAGGAGAUGGCCCAGAAGUACAAUGCCACCAAGAAGGAGCUCGACGACUUCGUUGCCGAGAUUGGCAACAUCUAA